GUGAGCUGUCGGCUUGUUUUAAAUGAGUUGUAGCUCUUUAUCUUUUAUUUGGAGGUCUGCAAAUAUUUUAAAACUGAAUCAAAUCGUCUGUUUCUGCUCAUGCUAAGUUUGAUUUAGGUUGUGUCGCUGUAAAACUCAUCGCUUCUCAGUUUCCGUGCAUGGAUUAUAUGGUAUGCAGGACUUCAAGUUUCAUCACAUCAUUCACUAAGAUGUAAAACUAUCAAGACCCUCGAUCAAGACUGAAAGGAGUACUCAGACAUGGGCAACAAACAGUCAAACAAAUACCCCGGCUACACAUUAGUAAAGAGUAACGAUGAGAAGAAGAUCCUGGUGAAAAAUGAAAAAGGGGAUCAGUUUGUGGUUAAAAAGCUCAGCACUAGACAGGAAAAGGAUGUGAACUUUCUGCUGCAUCUCGAUCAUCCACACAUCGUCCAUCACAAGGAGAUCAUCAGAGAUGGUGAUGAUCUGUAUCUUGUAUUGGAUCACUGUGAGGGUGGAGAUCUUGCUGAGAAAAUCAAACAAGCAACAGGCCAAUUUUCUGAGAAAGAGAUUUUGGACUGGACUGUGCAGAUCUGUAUGGCUUUAAAACACCUGCAUGAUCAACAGAUUCUACACAAAGACCUGCAGCCCAAAAGCUUAUUAUUUACUGCAUGUGGGACCAUUCGUCUGGGAGAGUUUGAUAAAUGGUUCACUGAUGUACAGACAGCAGAAACUGAAUCCCUCGCAUAUUUUGCACCUGAGAAUUUACAUGACACAUCUUAUUAUGAGAAAAGUGAGAUCUGGAGGCUGGGAUGUAUCAUCUGUGAGAUGUGCACACUGAAGAAGGCUUUUUCAUCAGGAAACACAGAUGAGAUUAUUAAAAAGAUUUGCAGGAGCUCCUAUGAACAUCUUCCUACAAACUUCUCUGAGGAUCUGCAAGAGCUGAUAAAAGACACACUUCAGGUUAAUCCAGCAGAUCGUCCGUCUGUCAGUGAGAUCCUAAUGAGGCCCUUUAUCAUCAAACACCUUAGAGAAAUGAGCAAAAAAACUGUAGAAGAGCUUAAUAAGAGUCUAGAUGAGCUGAGAACACUGGCUGAUGAUUUAGAGAAGAUCCACUUCAACACAACAGUCGGCAGUCUGUCAGGAGGAGUGAUAGGACUGGUUGGAGGAAUCUUAUCUGUGGUGGGACUUGCUCUGACUCCAUUCACACUCGGAGCAUCUCUGAUAGUGACAGGAGUGGGAAUCGGUGUAGCAACUGCUGGUGGUGUUGCGUCUGGUGUGAGCAACGUGACAAAGAUGGUUAAUCAGCGUUCAAACCGGCAAAAUAUCAAAAUGAUCAUAACAUUGUUCCAGGAAAAAAUCAACUCUACAAGCUGCUGCAUCCAAAACAUAAAAAUAGCAGUGGAAACUCUAAAGAAGGAGCUUUCCACAAACAGGGAGACAUUUCUCAAUGGCACAAGUGCUGGAGCUCGACUUGGACGAGGACUGGGAGGAAUCGCUGAGCUUAUUCGUGUAAUUGAAGUCGUUAAUAUUGGAAAAAUUGCAGCUCAGGCCGCAAGAGCUGCUCGUGCAGCUGAAGCAGCCACCGGAGUUUUAUCUGCACUUUUUAUUAUUGUUGACGUCUUCUUUGUUUUUCUUGACUCUAGAGAAAUUCACAACAUUCGCAAAUAUAAAGCCUUAAAAGAAAGUCAACAAAAAUCUAAAUCAGCCAGCAACCAAACCAAUAACAAAAACCGUGAAAAAACAAGCCAGUUGCUGUCAAACACUCAGGAAGAAGAACUGAAGUCAGAGGCCAUAAAAUUUGUAUCAAAAAUAAGGGAGACAACAGAGGAGCUUCAAACUGUUCUGGAUACACUACAAGAAGGUCUGAGCUGCAAUUUUUCCAAUGAGAACAAUGAGCAAGUACAAUGAGAAGUAAACUCAGUCAUAAACAGAGAAAACAAAUGAUCAGUUUUAAAAUCACUGUUGUUCGAUUUAAUUGAUUAAAUUUUGAUUUAAAUGGCUGUUGUUCGAUAAAGUGUCAGUGCAUAUUUUGGUCAUUGGAUUUCUCUUUUAGGAACAGAUAAUAAAAAAAAAAUGGAAAUAGAAAUCAAA